GUGAACUGAGUUUUGGGCGUGUUAUGAGUGCACACAGGCCUGGUAUUGACCACCGAUAGUGUACUGAACUUUUCCGAGACCCAAAGUUGUCAGGCAGCGCAUCUUACACGCAUGCGCACCCCUCUUCUAUCCAGCUCUAAAUAAGAGUUAAAACAGAAACGAGGUUGGGGAUAUUAGAGGAGUGGGAAUGACUGACACUCCACCCAGUGAUGGCCCCUCCCAGGGAGCGGAGUUUGACAUGAUGGGUGCUCUGGACUGGAAGGAUGGUAUCGCGACGCUGCCAGGCAGCGACAUCAGGUUCCGCAUGACAGAGUUUGGGACUCUUGAGAUUGUCACAGACCUAGAGGUCAAAGGGCAGGUGGCAGAGCCUAACCGUGAGACCUUGGACCCAGCUCCCUCUCACACUCCCACCCCUCCCCCGGAGGGCCAAUCACAGACCGGCAUAGCCAAAGCUCCAGCCAAUCAGAGUCAGCCAGGGUCGUCCCAAGGCAAAACGCCUGGUCCUGUGCUUCUGUCUUUAGAGGAGGGCCCCAGUGUGGAGGUUGGUCCCAGUGUUGAAGUUGGCUCUAAUGCUGACAUGGGCCCAAAUGGGGAGCUGUCAAGGUGCCGGGCCUGUGGUGGCCGUGUUUCCCGGGAUGCCCUCUUUCAGGGUAAAUUCUGUAGCUCCAUUUGUGCACAGCCCUCCAGCGGCAGAUCGUCUCCAGGGGAAGCGCGGGAGAGUCAAGCAGUGGAAGGAGAGAGACUUGGUAAACGUGUGCGCAAAAAGAGGAAGAUCUACAUGGAUUCUGGUGACGAAGAGGAAGACAACCAAGAGGAACCAGAGGAAAAGGCCAAGACUACCAAAGGCAGGAGAGGUGCCAAAAUUGCAAAACUGGUGACUGCCCCUCCCAAUAAGAAGCGGGCAUGGAGCUGGCCUGCUUACCUUGAAGAGGAGAGGGCAAUCUCUGCUCCUGUUAAACUAUUUAAAGAGCACCAGUCGUUUCCUCAGAGCCGGAACAGUUUUAAGGUGGGGAUGAAGCUGGAGGGACUGGACCCGUCUCACCCGUCUCUGUUCUGUGUGCUCUCUGUUGCAGAGAUCCAAGGUUACAGGGUAAGGCUUCACUUUGAUGGUUACCCAGAAUGCUAUGACUUCUGGGCCAACGCUGACUCGUGGGAUAUGAAACCAGCUGGCUGGUGUGAGAAGAAUGGACACAAGUUAUUGUUGCCUAAAGGUUGUAAAGAUGGAGAGUUUAAUUGGAGCAUGUAUGUGAAGAACUGUAGGGGUCAACUUGCUCCAAAACACCUUUUCAAGAGCCUAAACACAUCUGUGACUCCAUCUGGAUUUAGAGCAGGAAUGAAGUUGGAGGCAGUCGACAGGAAGAACCCUUCGUUGAUCUGUGUAGCAACCAUUGCUGCUGUUGUCGACAACCGCCUGCUCAUUCAUUUUGACAACUGGGAUGAUACAUAUGAUUACUGGUGCGAUGCCAGCAGUCCAUAUAUCCAUCCUGUGGGGUACUGCGAAGAGGCUGAGCUAACUCUGACCACGCCAGCUGGUAAGACACAGACCAAGACACAUGUGGAAUAUAAGCAACCGAAGAGUUUCUCAUGGGAGAAAUACCUGGAAGAGACAGGCACACAGGCAGCUCCUGCUCGGGCUUUCAAACCACGACCUCCACAUGGCUUCCAGAUUGGGAUGAAAGUGGAAGCUGUUGAUAAGAGGAACCCCAUGCUCAUCCGUGUUGCAACUAUAUCAAACACAGAGGACCACCGACUGAAGAUCCAUUUUGAUGGCUGGAGUUCAGAGUACGAUUACUGGGUGGAGACAGACUGCCCUGAUCUGCACCCUGUAGGGUGGUGUCAGAAAACAGGACACCCACUACAGUACCCUAACGGCUCCAGUGAUUUAUUGACUGCCCCAGGACAAGGAUGUCCUACCCCAGGAUGCAACGGGGUUGGCCACAUCAGAGGACCUCGCUAUGGGACCCACUACACUCAGGUGAGCUGCCCUUACUCUGAGAUGAAUCUAAACAAGGAGGGCUUGCUGCCAGACCGCCUCAGUGGAGAACGACCUCUCACCCUGAGCGGUCCACAUCCUCGUGGGCGACGUCCUGAUCCUCACACGAACACUACGACACAGACCUCCUCAACGCCCGAGCAUCCUGAAGGAGCCGAGGACUCCCAGAACAGGAAACCGGCGACAGUGGAAGCUGAGCGUUUAGGGCGCAACAACCAGCCCGAUCCACCGAGUGGAGCCAGUGAGCAGGGCCACAAUGGAACAAGGCCUAAACGGACUGCUCCAGUUCCUAAAUACCUGAAAAUGCACUAUGUUAAAGAGGAGAUUGGAGACAGUAAAGCCUCUCCAGAUGCCAUCUCUCUCCAGCAGGCCCUCCACGAGUCUGUGUUCUCCCCCGGCAUCUCUGCCUCCCCCCCCCACCGGGUGGCUCUCUGCUGGGACAAACACUGCCAGCUGCUGCCUGAGGUCCUGGGGCUGACUGCCAAGAGAGUGGCCACUUGGAGUGCUGAGGAGGUGGCCAGUUUUGUCAAAGGACUCCCUGGAUGCAAAGAACAUGCUGCUACAUUUAAAACAGAGCAAAUAGAUGGCGAGGCCUUCCUGUUACUCACCCAAGCGGACAUUGUCAAGAUCCUUUCAAUCAAGUUGGGACCUGCCCUGAAGAUUUUCAACUCCAUCCUCAUGUUGAAGAACGCCGAUGAAGAGUAAGACUUGACUCCACGAGGAAUCGUUCCCUCCUCACAGGUCCCUCAGCUCCGGUUUCAUCGACACUCAGCUAAAGACAUUUGACAAAAUCAACCUGAAUGAGCUUAAUCGGUCGAUCUCUGCGACGACGCAGCUACAGAACAGGAAGAAGAGGAAGCCAUCAUCUCAAAAAAAACGUCCAUCUCCCCGUUUCCUCUCCUCUCUCUGUGAUGGACACCACUGUUCAACCUGAGGGAGAGUUUUACAUGAUACCAUGAGGAUUCCUUAACUUAUGUUGUGUUUGUUUACUGAAUCAUUAAAAAAAAAAAAACUACAGCACCUUUAAGGCUUCUUAACAUUGUACAGUUUAUGAAUUGGAUUUAGUGUCUUGAUUCAGUUGCAUUUGCAUUCUUGUUUUAUUUGAACUGUAAUGAAAUGGUGCUUGAGCUCAGAGCAGAUGGAACAAGUGUGAUUGUUGCUUUUUAUUCAGCAACAGAAAAUUUUUUUAAAGCUGCAAAAUACAAUCGUGAGGUGGUGAGAGGUUUUUAAAUGUGAAACCCAGUGGAGCAAAAGCACUAUGUAGUUCAGCUUGUCUCCUCUAGAUGGAGAACAUGGGCCGCUCCUCAGGCCCAAAGGCAAGAGAGGUUGGUUAGUUUGGUUGACUGAAGCUUAGAUUGAGUGGGGGAUGGUUAAAAUUGUGUGUCUGUGUGCGUGUGUCCAGAUGUGACCAAGUGUGUUUGAGAAAUGAGGAUGUAAUUUUCCACCAGCCCAUUUGCGUUGCUUUACUGGUCGGGAUUGUUUUGUGACGAGCAGGGCUAAGGGCUAAUUGUUGAAUCAAGGAAACUUGCAGUCUUUUAAGGUGGAAUGAAACUAUGAACCAGCUCUGUUUGUAUCUAUCUGCUUUUAUGGGGAAUGGCACAUGAAUAAGAAUGUUUAAAAAAAAAAAAAAACUGCUUUUAGUUGUUUCGUUGAUAUUGAUCAUCUUGUUUGGUUCAAAUAACCUCGUCAUUCACCUUGUAAAUAGUAUACAGCUACAAAAGGACUGUCCUUGCUUCCUACAAGGGUUUACUCCUGCUUGGUUAUGCAAAGCCUUGACAUCGGUCUCCAGGGAAGGACAUUGUGACAGUGAACUGAAAAAAUGAGCCUCAAUUCAUACAGAGAUUUUGAGAAAAGAAACAAUGUCAAGUCAGUGUCUUUGUAAAUCAAUGUGCACUUCAGCAAGUUGGAAUGUGUACAUCAGCAACUGUUUAUAUGCAAACAGCUUUUAUUUAUGUAUUCUAAUUUAAGGGGUAAUGGUACGCUCUCCUGGCUCCGAGGUAGCUGUGGCUGUUUGACGGAAUGUGUGAAUGGGUGAAAAUAAAUGAGAUGCACACCUC